UUCUGUUGUUUUUAAAUUUUUAAAGUAAUCAAAAAAAUAUUAAAAUUACAAGUUUCCGUCUUUAUUUAUUAUUUUCAGGAUACUAUUUUUUAGGAUUUAUGAAACCGAAAAUGGUUAAAAUAUGGAAAUUAGGUCUUGUCAGUUACGAUACCUCUUUAAAAAUUCAACAAGCUCUUGCGAAGAGACAUUUCAAUGCUUUGAGGAAUGGUAAUAGUAUUAAUAACGAUACUCUUCUACUAGUCGAACAUAAACCUGUCUAUACUGUUGGUAUAAGAGAUGAAACGCCCGCAGACGAAAUAACAAGACUACAAAGUUUAGGUGCUGAAUUUAGGAAAACCAAUCGAGGGGGUCUAAUCACAUUUCAUGGUCCAGGCCAAUUAGUUGUUUACCCAAUUAUCAACUUAAAAAAUUACAAAACUAGUGUUAAAUGGUAUGUGAAGAGCUUAGAAGAGACUGUUAUCAAACUAUGUGAAGAGUUAGGUUUGGAAGCGAGUAGAUCUCCAUACACCGGUGUCUGGAUUGGUGACAAUAAGGUUGCAGCUAUCGGAAUACAUGCCUCAAGAUAUGUUACUACUCAUGGAAUAUCACUGAAUUGUGAUAAUGAUCUGUCAUGGUUUAACCAUAUUGAUCCUUGUGGUAUUGAAGAUAAAGGUGUAACUUCUCUGAGUCAAGAAACUGGUACAACAUUCACUCCAGAACAAAUAACCCCCUUGUUACUAAAUAAUUUUGAAAAAGUUUUUAAUUGUUCCUUAGAAGAUAUUGAAACCGAUGUACAAGAAGAUAUACUAAAUGGUGUUUAUAACAAAUUAAUGCUUGAAUCUGUUGAAAGUUAAUGAAAACUACAAUAUUGUAUAGAUAAAUUGUAAAAUAGAAACUCAAGAAUGUAUUUAUUGUUAUGUUUAUAAAAUUUAUAGGUGGAAAU